AUGGCGAUGACUGCGAAGCGAGGCCCAAGCGGCGAUGAGAUGCGCGGCUCUGGUCACCGCGCGCGCGCCCGCCGCGUCGAGGAAGGAGAGACGGACCAUCCUUCCGCCGCAGAGCUCCGAGCCAGCCUCUCCACCAGGGAUCAGGAGAUUGAAGAAAUGCGGAGGCGGCUGCGGGAGUUGGAGAAACUCGAGUUUGAGAUACCACCCGCCCCAUCUCAUGAAGAAGAAUCUGAAACAGCUGUGGCCGCAACAACAGUUGACAAGGCAGAGGUGGAUGUUCGCUCCAUCUAUGUUGGGAAUGUUGACUAUGCUUGCUUGCCGGAGGAAGUUCAGCAGCAUUUUCAGUUUUGUGGAACUAUCAACAGGGUGACAAUCUUGACAGACAGCUUUGGUCAACCCAAAGGGUUUGCUUAUGUGGAGUUUGAUGAAGUUGAGGCUGUCCAGAAUGCUCUCCUUUUGAAUGAAACAGAACUUCAUGGUCGUCCUUUGAAGGUUUGUCCAAAAAGAACCAACAUUCCAGGAAUGAAGCAAUCUAGGGGAAGGCACUCAGUUUAUCCUUUCUAUGCAUCUUAUGGGAAGGUACCAAGAUUCAGGAGGUUCCUGGGGUACAGCUACAGCCCUUACUACUAA